AAGGGGAUUUUCUGAUCUGUUCUGAUGAACUGCUCCAGUUCAACCAAUGUGACGGAGUCCUAUCUACAGCUCCUCAAUGUAACUGUCACCAUCCCUCUGUUGUUUUUUGGCAUCAUGUGCAAUGGCCUGGCCCUAUGGGUUUUCUGCUGCAAGAUGAAGAAAUGGAAAGUCACUGUUAUAUACAUGGUCAGCCUUAUCAUGUCAGAUAUUCUAAUCCUAUUGACCUUUCCCUUCCAACUAUAUACCUACUUCUCUGUUUCAAGAUUGGAACACAACCUAUGCAACGCAUUAGUUUCCCUUUAUUCAAUGAACAUGUACACGAGCAUCUUUACGAUCACUAUUAUAUCUGUGGAUCGCUAUCUGGCAAUCAGGUUUCCUGUGAAGUCCAAGCGUUGGAGGUCUCCUGGGAAGGCAACUGCUAUGUGCUGCAUGCUGUGGCUCUUCCAAAUCUCUUUAACUGUUGUUUUGACAUUGAAAAUAGAUUACAUUUUCCCUGUCUGCUUCCAAUAUGUUGGCAGCACCCUCAAUCCAUUAUUUCUGCUUUUUACUGUAGUUGGGUUUAUAGUCCCAUUGAUCAUUAUAAGCUUCUGUACUGUACAAGUGAUCAGAACCCUUUAUUGGAAAGAAACAAAAGAUGUCAAUGAACAAAGGUCAGUCAGGAAAGCCAUUAACAUUGUCCUUUCUAACUUGGUGGUGUUUGUUAUCUGCUUCUUGCCGGUCAACUUGGGAUUUACAAUUCGCUUUGCGGCCGAGACAUUAGAAGCCACAUGCUACACCAUAGAACAAAUACAACACUUCAAUUCUGUAGCCCUGUUGGUGGCUAACUCCAACUGUGUUCUGGACUCGCUGUGCUAUUAUUUUGUAGCAGGAGAAUUUUGGAAGGCUUCGGAUCUGUCACCAAAGAAUAGAUUCACAAAACACUUGUAGCGGACUAGCUUACUUCCAACCUGUCCCACCAUGCAACGUAGAGCCCUCCUACAGACCUAGCCAUGGGGAAUGCCGUGGAGCUACCUGGAGCGUUGCACUGACAGCCAUUGUUUUAGGGCAAAGCAACUAUGGAAUUUGUUGGUGGUUAACCUAACAGGUGCGCUCCGCCAAUGAGGCGAGCUGAGGCGCUCGCCUCAGGUGGCAGCGCCAGAUAAG